AUGGGAAAUCUACCACCACACUGUUUAGCACAAACCAAACUUUACUCAAAAGUUGGAAUUGAUUUUGCUAGACUGUUACUAGUUAAGUUGCCAUGCUGCGAAAAGUUAAGACCCUAUAGCGAUUUCAAAACGCUGACCGCUGGACAUUUCUUAACCAUGGAACCUCUAAUCGCCAUCCCAGCACCUAAAGAACCAGACCAAUCCACAAUGAUAAGUAUAGGUACGUCAAUCGUCCAGCAAAUCCAACAUCAUUUUUGGAGUAGGUACCUCCAUACUUUGCAAGAACAAAAAAAAUGGACUCGAGUCAUCCCCAACCUUCAGAUCGGAGACCUAGUUAUCAUCGAGGAGCCCACACCACCUCUCGCCUGGAAGACAGCAAGAGUGAUUGAAGUUCACCCUGGGAUGGAUGGAGUUGUCAGAGUAGUCAAAAUACAAAUCGCAACAGGCAAAGUGCUAACCCGGCCAGCAGUCAAGUUAUGUCCAAUGCCACUUCAUGAUUGA